ACAUGUUCCCCGCCGUUCCCCUUGAGACAAAGAGGGGAAGGAGGAGAGAGAGGAAGAGGAGGAGGCGUGCAAAGUUCGCUUCAACUCCUGCUCACAGUGGCGCGCCGGCUCCCGAAACCUCACACGGGACAAACAUGACGCCGCUCGGGACGGUGCUCCUCGCCGCGUUGCUAUGGCAAUGCGGCCACGCGCAGCAAAGAGGGUUAUUCCCGGCUGUUUUAAACUUGGCGUCCAUGGCGGAUAUUACAACCAAUGCUACGUGUGGGCUGUCUGAACCAGAGAUGUUCUGUAAACUAGUAGAACAUGUACCAGGUCAGCCUGUAAGAAACCCACAAUGUCGAUUCUGCUAUCAGAACAGUGCGAAACCAUUUGAGCGUCACCCCAUAGAAUAUGCCAUUGAUGGGACGAACCGUUGGUGGCAAAGUCCCUCCAUCAAGAAUGGAAUGGAGUACCACUAUGUGACUAUAACACUGGACUUGAAACAGGUUUUCCAGAUAGCCUACGUGAUCAUUAAGGCUGCCAACUCGCCUCGCCCGGGUAACUGGAUCUUGGAGCGUUCAAUAGAUGGUGUGACCUUUGAACCGUGGCAGUUCUUCGCCCUCACAGAGACGGAGUGCCUGACAAGGUUCAACAUGAAUCCAAGGACCGGACCGCCAUCGUAUACUAGAGAUGAUGAAGUUAUCUGCACAGCUUUCUAUUCCAAGAUUCACCCUUUGGAAAAUGGAGAGAUCCACACUUCUUUAAUCAAUGGUCGUCCCAGUGCGGAUGACCCUUCCCCGACCCUGCUGAACUUCACCUCAGCACGCUACAUCAGACUGGUCUUUCAGAGGAUCAGAACGCUCAAUGCAGACCUCAUGACGCUGACACUGCAUGACCCCAAAGAUAUCGAUCCCAUUGUGACAAGACGGUACUACUACUCCAUUAAGGAUAUUUCGGUCGGAGGGAUGUGCAUCUGUUAUGGUCAUGCAAAGGCCUGUCCACUCAACAGUGUUACCAAGAAGUUUAGCUGUGAAUGUGAACACAACACAUGCGGAGAGAGUUGCGAUCGUUGUUGCCCUGGUUACCACCAACAAGCAUGGAUGGCUGGAACUUUCGUCACUCGACACGUUUGUGAGCAGUGUAACUGCCAUGGGAAGGCUGAGGAAUGCUACUUUAAUCAGACUGUAGCAGACCUAUCGCUCAGCCUGGACCUCCACGGCCAAUACCGAGGGGGUGGAGUGUGUAUUUCAUGCCGUGGCAACACAGAUGGUAUCAACUGUCAGAGUUGUGUUCCCGGCUACUACAGACCUGCUGGAGUGAACGCUGAGGAGGAAAGCCCCUGCAUCCCUUGCUCAUGUGACUCACAUGGUUCUCAUGGCCAGUCCUGUGUUGAGGACUCAAGCCGGGCGACACCUUCUCAGCCACCAGGGUCAUGCCGUUGUAAGGAAGGUUUUGGCGGUCUGCGAUGUGACAGGUGUGCAAUUGGUUAUAUGGGCUACCCAGACUGUCAGCCAUGUAACUGCAGCAUCGAGGGAAGCAGCAACAGUGACCCGUGUACUUCACCCUGCAUGUGCAAGGAGAAUGUGGAGGGAGAGAAUUGUGGCCGCUGCAAACUGGGCUUCUUCAAUCUCCAGCGUGACAAUCUGCGUGGCUGCGAGAAAUGCUCUUGUAUGGGCGUAGCGAGCCAGUGCUCUGCCUCCAUGUGGGUUUAUCAGAAUGAGAGCACACUGGCUGGCUGGUACCUGAGUGGAGAUUCAGGACGGACAGUGUGGCCUAUUCACAGAGAGACACCUCAAUAUCUAAGUGUCCACCAUGCAGAUGUUGUGGACAACCUUGGCUCCGCUUACUACUGGAAUGCACCUGAAUCAUACCUGGGAAACAAGCUACCAGCCUAUGGAGGGACAGUGGUCUACACUGUGUCUUACACUAUAGAUCAGCAGGAAAGGAUUAUUCGAGUCACUUCAGAACCCGACUUUAUUAUUGAGGGCGGUGGGAUCAAGAUUAUGGACAAACGGUACGGACUACCCGUAUACCCAUCCUCGCAGAGCACCAAUCACAUCGCUCUCCUUCCUGAGAACUUCCUGGUUUUAGAGACUGCCGAGCCAAUCGGCCGCAGGGACUUCUUGACAGUGUUGGCAAACAUGACCAGACUAAUGGUCAGAGCCUCUUACAGUACGGAACCCAGUGCUGUGUACAGACUUCACUUAUUCUUGAUGCAGGUAGGUAAUCGCUAUGCCAAAGGAGAGAGGACAGCAUCAGCUGUUGAAAUGUGUUCUUGUCCACCCGGAUAUGCCGGAACAUCCUGUGAGGCUUGUGUUGCUGGAUUCCGAAGAGUGGAUGGGCAGCUCUACAACGGUGUGUGUGAAGUGUGUCAUUGUCAUGGGCAUGCAACACAAUGCCACCAGAUCACAGGCCACUGCCUGGACUGUUCCCACCGCACCACAGGCCCCCACUGUGACACCUGCCAACGUGGUUAUUAUGGCGAUGCCACCCACGGGUCAGCCACAGAUUGUCAGCCCUGUGCCUGCCCUCUCAAUCUGGCUAGUAACAAUUUCAGCCCAACCUGCCACCUUGGUGAGGGAGGAGAGCUGCUGUGUGACCAGUGUCAGCCUGGACACACCGGACCAAGAUGUGACAGGUGUUCCAAUGGGUAUUACGGACAACCCACUGUCCCAGGAUUCUCCUGCCAGCCCUGUAAUUGCCACGGUAACCUGGACCUGUCUACACCAGGCAGCUGUGAUCCAAUCACAGGACAGUGUCUGCAUUGUCGACAUGGUUACAGCGGCGUGGCUUGCGACAGUUGUGACGACGGUUUCUUUGGAGACGCCAUCACUGCAAAGAACUGCCAGCCUUGUCGGUGCCAUAUUAACGGCUCCGUUUCAGAAAUCUGCAAUAAGGAGAGCGGGCGGUGCCAGUGCAGGGAAAAUGUGGUUGGACGGCAGUGUGACGACUGCACGGCUCAGACAUUCGGCCUCGCUACAGGUGGACAGUGUGUGCCGUGUCACUGUAACUCCUUUGGCUCCAAGUCAUUUGACUGCGAUGAAAACGGUCAGUGUCGGUGCCAGCCGGGUGUCACUGGACCUAAAUGUGACCGCUGCUCACGAGGAUUCUUCAACUUCCAGGAGGGAGGCUGCACACCGUGUCUCUGCAGCCAUGUGGGCAACAACUGUGAUGCCAACACAGGACAGUGUAUCUGUCCUCCAAACACACUUGGUGAAAGGUGCGACCGCUGCGCCCCCAACCACUGGGGCCACGAUAUCAUGACUGGAUGCAAGGAGUGUGGCUGUAGUUUGGUGGGCUCAGUGCAACAGCAAUGCAACGUCAACACGGGCUGCUGCCACUGCCACGACUCCUUUAGAGGAGAGAAAUGCAAUGAAUGUCAGCUGGGAUACAGAGACUUUCCUCAGUGCACCACAUGCGAGUGUACCAUCUCAGGAUCGGACAGCGAGACUUGCGACAUAGAGCGAGAAGUUUGUGCCUGCGCGGAUCGAACUGGGAAGUGCAGCUGCAAGGAAAAUGUGAUGGGAGACAACUGUGACCGUUGCAAGCCCAACACGUUCGGAUUAUCCCUGCAAAAUCCGCUUGGUUGCAGCAAAUGUUACUGUUACGGCCUGACACACUCCUGCACUGAGUCACAGGGACUCAUCAGGAUGUGGUUAACACUGAGGCCAGAGCAGACAGUGCUUCCCCUGGUGGAUAAAAACAGCAUUGUUGAGACGAGAACAGGAGUGAGCUUCAAACACCCAGAGAUCCUCGCACACGCUGAGCUUGUCACCACAGUUCUUUCUGAGCCCUAUUACUGGAAACUACCACAACAGUUCCGAGGCUCCAUGAUCACAGCAUACGGUGGGAAGUUGAAGUAUGCAGUAUACUAUGAGGCUAGAGAUGAAACUGGGCCCUCCUCAUACGAGCCCCAGGUUAUCAUUAAGGGCGGCGCUAGCCACAACAUUGUGAUGACACGCCACGUAGCGGGACUCCAGAUUGGUCAGCUCACACGGCACGAGAUAGACAUGACAGAGCAUGAGUGGAGGCAUGCAGAUGGACAGCCAAUGACACGGCAGGACUUCAUGGAUGUUUUGUUCUAUGUGGACUACAUCCUCAUCAAGGCCUCACAUGGCAACCAGAUGCGAAACAGCCAUAUUUCAGAGAUAAAUCUCACUGUGGCAGAAGAAGGUACACCCACGAGGGAGAGUGAGAAAGCCUACCAAAUAGAAAAAUGUGAAUGUCCAAUUGGAUACUCCGGACUAUCCUGUGAGGAGUGUGCAGCCGGUUUCUACCGCCUUCGGAGCAGCUCACACGCAUCUGCUCCGGCCUCCAGAGUCCCCACUGCUGUGGGCAUGGGCAGCUGUGUUCAGUGCCAGUGCAGCGGCCACUCGACCACCUGUGACCCUGACACAUCCAUAUGCCAGAACUGUCAAGACAACACAGAGGGGGAUCACUGUGAGCGCUGUGCUGCGGGAUUCUACGGUGUGGUCCGAGGAUUCCAUGAUGACUGCAAACCUUGCGCCUGCCCCCUUACGACACCUGGGAACAAUUUUAGUCCAAUGUGCGUCACCGAAGGGUAUGAUGACUACCGUUGUACGUCUUGUCCUGAGGGAUACGAGGGAAAAUACUGUGAAAGAUGUUCCACUGGUUAUCAUGGUAACCCUCAGAUGCCCGGCGGUCGAUGCGAGGAGUGUAAGUGUUCCCCGUGGGGGGCGUUGCCCGGACCGUGUGACCCUGUCACUGGCCAAUGCCGAUGCACGGUCGGGGCAUCUGGGAGGUCUUGUGACCAGUGCAUGGAAAGGCAUGUGUGUGGACCAUCUGGGAUCAUCUCGUGUGAUGACGAGUGCUCAGGUUUGCUGAUCAGUGACAUGGACCGUCUGUAUCGCAUCAUCACUGACAUCACGCUGACCACGCCUUUGCCGCCACCUUACAAGAUCCUGUACCGCUUUGAGAACAUGACCGAAGAACUCAAGCACAUGCUGUCACCUCAGAAAGCUCCGGAGAGAUUAUUGCAGCUGGCCGACUCCAACUUGGGAUCGCUGGUUGUUGAGAUGGACCAGCUCCACAGCAGGGCUACGAAAGUGUCUGCCGAUGGAGAACAAGUGGAAGAUGAUGCCAACAGAAUUCAGACGCGAGCCGAGGUCCUGGAGAAGUUCAUCAGGGACACGCUGCUAGGAGCUCAAGACCUUCAGUCCAAAGCUGACGAGUUGAACCGCAUGCUGGCACGCAAAGACGGAACACCGGAAAAAGGUUUGAAGGAGAUGAAGGAGGAGAUUCAAACCAUGCUGGCCGAGAUGAGAAAACGACAGCUGGGAGAGAAGCGGAUCAUUGCCGAGGAGGAGAUGGACCUGGCAGAGCAGUUGUUCCAGAAAGUGAAGAGGAUGUUCGGUGAUCCUCAUCAAGCCACAGAAGACCUAAAAGCAGAGAUAAAAGGCAAGCUGUCAGACCAUGAGGGCAAACUUCAGGAGGCCCAAGAUCUUCUUUACUCUGCUCGUGAGAAAACAAGGCUGGCUGGCUUGCUGGCUGGACAAAACCAAGUCAACCUCACAUUCUUGGAGAGGAAGCAUGCUGCAGUCCUUGGGGUUAAAGAAGAAGCACAAAAGGUCCUGGAGGAAGGAGAAACCCUUUUGGAUGACGCCAACCAGCUCUCAGACAACAUCAAUAAAGAGUUAGAGGAUGCGGAGGAGAUGAGGAAAGAUCUCGGUCCUCUUAACGAGCAGCUGGAUGACAAAGUCCAGGACCUCACCGACGGUUUGAGUGGUGGCGGCCUGGCUCAUCGCGUGCGUGCUGCUGAGGAUCACGCCCACCAGCUUAAUGAAUCCGCUGCAAUUCUGGAUGGAAUCUUGGCCGAAGCGAAGAAUCUCUCCUUCAACGCAACAGCUGCCUUCAAAGCAUACACAAACAUUAAAGCGAAUGUUGACGAAGCAGAGAAAGAGGCGAAGACGGCCAAGCAGAGGGGGUCAGAAGCGCUGACAAUGGCUUUAGGCCCAGAGAUCCCAGUGAAGGAGGAAGCUCAAGGUGCCCUUCAGAAGAGUCUCAAGCUGCUCAACCAGGCUAAGCAACUCCAUAAUGAUGUCAAAGACAAUGCUGCUACUGUCUCUGGACUAAAGGGCAGAGUUAAAUCUGCAAGAGACCGAACCAAAGACCUGCUCAAAGCUAUCAAUGGAACCAUGACAACACUCGGCACUAUUCCCAAUGACACAGCAGCCAAGCUGGCGGCGACAAAGGCUGUGGCCGCUGAGGCAAACGCUACGGCCAUCGACGUCCUGGAGCGCCUCGCGGCCUUGAACCUUCAGGUCAACGACAUACAGAAGAACUUCAGCAAGUUGGCCGACACGGUCAAUACUGCCAACAAAAUGAUCCAGGACCCGGAGAAAAACAUCCACGCAGCUGGAGCUAAAGUGAAGGAUUUAGAAGAUGAAGCUGAUCGGCUGUUGGAGAAGCUGAAGCCUAUCAAAAAGCUGGAGGACAACUUGAGGCGAAACAUCUCACAGAUCAAGGAACUGAUCAACCAAGCCAGGAAACAAGCUAACUCAAUCAAAGUGUCGGUGUCGUCAGGUGGUGACUGUUUGCGGAGUUACCGCCCUGACAUCAGGAAGGGCAGGUACAACACCAUCAUUCUUCAUGUCAAAACCACAACGCCCGAUAAUCUUCUCUUGUACCUCGGUUCUGCCAAAUAUGUUGAUUUCUUGGCUCUGGAGAUGCGUAAGGGAAAGGUGUAUUUCCUUUGGGACGUGGGUUCAGGUGUGGGACGGGUGGAAUAUCCCCAUCUCACCAUCAAUGACGGGAACUGGCAUAGAAUAGAAGCUUCUCGUAACGGAUUGAAUGGCACCAUAUUAGUGUACCCUCUAGAAGGUCCAAGGGCUGGUGUGGUGCCAACCCCAAGCAGCGCAAACUCACCCGUAACCUACACCAUCCUCGACGUGGACCAGAACGCUUACCUGUUUGUCGGCGGAAUACUCGGCACGAUUAAGAAAGCAGAUGCUGUGAGGACAACAACGUUCACAGGCUGCAUGGGGGAAACUUUCCUGGAUGGUAAACCGGUUGGACUUUGGAACUACAGGGACAGGCAGGGAGACUGUAAAGGCUGUGUUGUCAGCCCCCAGACAUCAAAUGGUGAAGGGACUGUCCAGCUGGACGGGGAAGGCUACGCCGCAGUGGGACGACCCACAAGAUGGAACCCAAAUGUUUCGAGUGUUACAUUCAAGUUCCGAACAUUUGCCUCCGAUGCACUGCUUAUGUAUCUGGCAACUGAAGAUAUGAAGGACUUUAUGUCCUUGGAGCUAGCAGGGGGCAAGGUGAAGAUGAACUUUGAUCUGGGGUCAGGAGUUGGCAGCGCCAUAUCACCUAACCGUCAAAACGAUGGACGCUGGAAGUCUCUCACUAUGUCUCGAAACAAGAAGCAAGCCACAGUUACCAUCGUGGACAUUGAAACCAGUGCUGAGGAGAAGAUAGCGGCCGCAUCUCUGGGUACGGCCACUGGGCUGAACCUCAAGGAGAAGCAGAGCAUUUAUUUUGGAGGCCUGCCCACCAUUGGAAACUAUAGCAUGAAAUCCAGGCCAGAGGUCAUGCUGAAGCGUUAUGUAGGCUGCCUUCGGGAGAUUGAAGUAUCCCGAACUCCCUAUAAUCUCCUCGGUAGCUCUGAUUACACUGGGGUUACUAAAGGAUGUAAUGUAGAGAACCUGUACACAGUCAGCUUCUCCAAGCCGGGAUUUGUGGAGCUCGGUGGGCUUUCCCUGACGGUCGGCACUGAGAUCAGCCUGUCUUUCAGCACCCUGGUAGACACUGGCACCCUGCUGUUAGCCGUGGGUGGGCCUCUGCCCCUCAGCCAACAGGUCCGUAACAAAAAUGUCAUCUCUAAGAGGAAACGCAGACAAUCAGGAGAGCCCUUCCUUUCAGUGAUGCUGAACAAAGGCUCCCUGGAGGUGUUGGUGUAUACGGGCAGCCACAGUCUGCGUCGUGUCAUCAGACGACCCGAGCAAGGCAUCCUGAGUGAUGGUAGAGAGCACUCGCUGCGUAUCGAGAGAUUACCUGGCAGAUCUUUUGCAGUUCAAGUGGAUGAGGAGGCAAAAAGAGAGGCUCCGCUUCCUAAUGACCAGCCAAUCAGCUUGCAGCGUGUGUUCCUCGGUGGUAUUCCUGCUGAUGUGGAGCAGACAUCCAACAGGGCCAACGUCCCAUUCCAAGGAUGUAUUUGGAAUCUCAUGGUCAACGCUGUAGUGUCAGACUUCUCCCAGGCGGUGUCCUUUGAAAAUGCUGAAAUCGGCCAGUGUCCCAGCCUUGCCCCGCUCCCUCCUCUUCCUUAUCCGACAGAAGAGGCGGAGAAGGAAAUAGAUGCAGCCAAACCUGACCGGCCUGCACCGACUGCUGUACCUGUUACAUGGCCUCCUGUACUUCCUGCUGAGCCCACAGCAUUUGUCGCACCUGCUGCCACACCCACUGCUACACCUACUUCUGCUGAAGCCCCGCCCACUGCUGAUACGGACUCGUGCCCCUCGGCUGUGGCCCCUGUGGCUCUGGAGAAGGCCUACCAGUUCGGACUGAGCAGGAACAGUCACAUGAGCUUCGCGUUUGAUGACGCCAAAGUGAGAGAGAGGUUGAUUUUGGAGUUUGAGCUGAGAACACAGGAGGAGUCAGGACUCGUUCUCUACAUGGCCAGAAUCAACCACGCUGACUUUGUCUCCAUCCAGAUCAAGGAUGGACAGGUGUGCCUGGGUUAUGACCUCGGUCACGGCAACACAUCUGGAUGCGUCCCCUUUUCCAUCAAUGACGGCAACUGGCAUAAGAUCCGCGUGGCUCGCAGCAAGCAGAGAGCUCUCCUGGUGGUGGAUGGGCGAUACAGUAAACAGAUGAUCAGCCCCAAAAAGGCUGACCUGCUGGACGUGGUGGGCGUGCUGUAUGUCGGUGGUCUCCCGCACAACUACACCACCAAGAGGAUCGGACCGAUUCUUUACAGCAUCAACGGGUGCAUACGGCGCUUGAAGAUGGUUGGAGGUCCUGUCAGCACAAAGGCUGCUGCUACUGGCCGUACCGAGACGCUCACUGAGGACUUCGAGCUCGACAUGGCGACGCCAACGUCCGGCCGCAUGGUCGGAAGAUGCUUUGCUGCCACUGAGGCGGGAACUUAUUUUGACGGAACGGGCUUCUUGAAAGCAGUUUCCAGCUACAGAGUGGGUCUCGACGUGUCCAUUGGAUUGGAGUUCCGAACCAGCAGAACCAAUGGCGUCCUUUUGACCAUCAGUAACCAAGGCAACGAUGGACUUGGUAUAGAGAUUGUUCAGGGCCAGCUGCUCUUCCACGUUGACAACGGCGCCGGACGCAUCACGGCGAUGCACGCGUCCGACAGCGACGGCUUCUGUGACGGCCGGUGGCACACGGUCGUCGCCGUCAAGGCUCGCCACAGGGUGGAGCUCCUGGUGGAUGGGAAGACGAGCCAAGCGCAGAGUCCCGACGCACGGUCCAACACCUGCGAUACCAACGACCCGAUCUACGUGGGAGGCUACCCAGACGGUGUUCAUCAGGCAGCUCUGUCCGGCCGCACGUCCUUCAGAGGUUGCAUGAGGAACCUGAAGAUCGUCAAAGCCUCAAAGGUCAUGGAGGUGCACUUCAACAAGGCUCUGGAAGUCACAGGAGUCCAACCGCUCUCGUGUCCUGCCAUCGCUGCGUAACAACCGACCCUCUAAGCGUCUCUGCCGUUUUUAAAUGGACUCAAAGGUCAAAGGUUUUGAACACUGAUUUUGAUGCAGCUUAAUGUGCAGUCUGGACAAUAAAUAUGUAAUGGCUCCUUACCAAAGUGUAAUAUAAUGUACUUUCUUUACUUUAAUGUACUUUCACCCCAACAUUAAAUCUACCAUUCAAAAUCUAAACAUUAACACAACAAACUUUACAAAAACAAUAACAAACAAAUAUUUACAAAUCUACAUUUAACAUGAAAUCUACCAUACGUAGAAUCGUUGGGAUCAUUUUUGACCUGCUGGCAUAUUUAACUUCCGAGUUAAACUAAUGUAAGUCACUUUACUGGAUACACCAACUGACCACUUGACCAAUUUGAGUUGAGUUAUAUCAAAUAUUGUGCCGUUACAAAUAUAAUGUUCAGGGGUAUGAAUACAACCAAACAUUUAUUGUGUUUGUAUUCUGCAGUGGUGUAUCCUAAUAAGAGCUUUCCCUAAAAUUUGAAUCAACCUCGACACAAUCAGUAAAGAAACAUGCUUUGUAAUUGUAAAACAAAACCAUAAUGAAUGUUACAAUAGUAAUACAUUGUCUCAUAUUGCUUGUCAUGUCUUAUCGCCCUCCAUUUCCUCAUAUUUCAUACUGUAACUGUGUAACUUGGCUUCUAUUUGUUUUAAAUGUCACUUCUGUUCUUUUGUCAUCAGUCAAGCUCCCUUCCUUUUCUUACACUUUUCUGAGUCGCCAUUUCCUCACUGUAAAAGAGCUUAAGACUGAAUACUGCUUGUUUCUUGCUGUGUUGUUGAGCAUUCACUUUUAAAAAGGUGCUACACAAAUGAGAAAAGCUUUGCUUGAUUGUUCAGUGACAUGCAAUACUGCAGGCCCUUAUGGAUAAUGUUAUUUGUUAAUUUGAGGGAUGAUUACAAUUUUCUGUUUCUGUUGAAUUUAUAGGAACAUAGAGAUAUAUAAAUAUGGAUUUCACUAUAAAUGUGCAGACACAGACAUCCACAGGAAUGUGAGGACAUCUGAAUUUUGAGCAGGAGAGCCCAAUAAAGUAGGAACCACAUUUGAUAAAUUGUACUUGACUCCAUGUACCUCACUAUAAAGUAGUACAACCGUGUGAGAAAUGCAAUCAUGAAUUAUACUUAAAUACAUAUUGUUUUGUCCUUUAAAAAGUUUGUGAUAAUCAUUAAAUUUUAGUAACAAAAGAAAAGGGCUUAAUCAUCUUCUGGCUACUGUAAUAACAAUUUUUUUAUCUCAGUUAAUUACCAGCAGGUGGCGCUGCUGCAACAGCAAUGAGUUUCUGGCACGCUAUUGCUUCUUAGAACUUGUUAAAACUUUGGUUCAUAAAAAAGAAAAAGAAAAAUAACAAAGAGUAGAAUUUUCUUUACAUUAUUAAUACUAAUGCAUUUUUAUCACGUGAGACUAAA